UGCUCAUUCCCCUCCCUUGUCCUCCUCUUACUUCACUUCACUUUCACUGUUACUUUUUUCUGCCAAAACUCAAAAAUCUUAUAUACAGCCCUCAAAACCCCCCCCAAAAAAAAUUAUUUCAUUUUCUUUAUUCAAUUUAUUUGUACCCAAAAGAGUACAAUGUCAACUUGCAAAGAUCAAGAUCCACGUAUCCAUGCUAUACAGUCAAGUAUUCGUGUUGUCCCUCAUUUUCCCAAACCAGGGAUAAUGUUCCAAGAUAUUACUACUCUAUUAUUGGAUCCAAAAGCGUUUAAAGAUACAAUUGAUUUGUUUGUGGAGAGAUACAAAGGGAAAAACAUCUCAGUUGUUGCUGGAAUAGAGGCUCGAGGAUUUAUAUUUGGUCCACCAAUUGCUUUGGCGAUAGGGGCAAAAUUUGUCCCUUUGAGAAAACCAAAGAAAUUGCCAGGUAAAGUUUUCAGACAAGAGUAUGACUUGGAAUAUGGAAGUGAUUGUAUUGAGAUGCAUAUUGAAGCAGUAGAAGCUGGUGAGCGAGCUUUGGUGGUUGAUGAUCUGAUUGCUACUGGUGGCACUCUUUGUGCAGCUAUGAAUUUACUUGAGCGUGCUGGCGCAGAAGUGGUUGAAUGCGCGUGUGUGAUUGAAAUACCAGAGUUAAAGGGUAAGGAGAAGCUGAAUGGCAAGCCAUUGUAUGUGCUGGUGGAGUAUCGGUAGUAUCUGCAGAUGAAUUAAUCUUUCUUGUAUGACAAACUGUACAUUAGAGGGCGCUACUAUUGGCCAACUUAUCCGUGUUAUCUUUAUUCAUUGCUGAUUUCUACGAGUAGCGAAUUUUGAAAGGCCUUUGGUCAUUUGGAGAACUCAUUCGUGAGCUAAAAGUAAAGAAAAUUUAUGCAGAACGGAUAUGGUUCAUUGGAAAUUUAUCAUCGUAUUCAAGCCCUUCCAA